CAGGAGGGGCGGCCGGUGCAGGUGAUUGGGGCUCUCAUCGGGAAGCAGGAGGGCCGAAACAUCGAGGUGAUGAACUCCUUCGAGCUGCUGUCCCACACCGUGGAGGAGAAGAUUAUCAUUGACAAGGAGUAUUAUUACACCAAGGAGGAGCAGUUUAAACAGGUGUUCAAGGAGCUGGAGUUUCUGGGUUGGUAUACCACGGGGGGGCCUCCUGACCCCUCCGACAUCCACGUCCAUAAGCAGGUGUGUGAGAUCAUCGAGAGCCCCCUCUUUCUCAAACUGAACCCUAUGACCAAGCACACAGAUCUUCCGGUCAGCGUUUUUGAAUCUGUCAUUGAUAUAAUCAAUGGAGAGGCCACAAUGCUGUUUGCUGAGUUGACCUACACUCUGGCCACAGAGGAAGCUGAACGCAUUGGGGUAGACCACGUGGCCCGAAUGACAGCAACAGGCAGUGGGGAGAACUCCACCGUGGCCGAACACCUGAUAGCGCAGCACAGUGCCAUCAAGAUGCUGCACAGCCGCGUCAAGCUCAUCUUGGAGUAUGUCAAGGCCUCUGAAGCAGGAGAAGUCCCCUUUAACCACGAGAUCCUGCGGGAGGCCUAUGCUCUGUGCCACUGCCUCCCAGUACUCAGCACAGACAAGUUCAAGACGGAUUUUUACGAUCAAUGCAAUGACGUGGGGCUUAUGGCCUACCUCGGCACCAUCACCAAAACAUGCAACACCAUGAACCAGUUCGUGAACAAGUUCAAUGUCCUCUACGACCGACAAGGCAUCGGCAGGCGAAUGCGGGGGCUCUUCUUCUGAUGAGGGUACUUGAAAGGAUGAUGGACAGGGGUCAGACAGCUGUCCCGAUGGGGAGGGCUGUGCUCCCUUGAGAGAAACUGCUGUUCUUUAAUAAAGGGGGAGCAGCCCCUCCGCACCCCUCCCAA